GAAUGGUUUACUUAUGCUGAAAGCUCUUUGCCAACGGGCUAUCGCCUGAUUGUGGACCGCGAGUAUAGUAAGCUGGUGUCGGGCGUACUGGCGUCGUUUCCCGAGAACAAGCGGCCAUUCGUGAUCGAUGUGGACGACCCCAUGUGUCCUGAGAAGGACAGAGGGCCUUUGAUUGGUUCCAUGAACUACGAGCAGCUGCUGUCUGAAGGAGAUCCGAUGGCAGCUUGGGAAGCACCUCCAGACGAGUGGGACACGCUCUCCCUGUGCUACACAAGCGGCACGACUGCAGAUCCAAAAGGCGUCUUGCUGCACCACCGGGGUGCUUAUCUCAAAAGCGUACAUCUGAUCGUCAAGUGGCCUCUUCACCGACACUGCGUCUACCUCUGGACAGUCCCCAUCUUCCACCUGAACGGCUGGUUCUUCCCGUAUGCGGUCGCAGCAGUCGCUGGCGUGAAUGUCUGUCUCAGAAAAGUGGUCGCCGACGACAUCUUCGCAGCUGUCAAGGAGCACAAGGUCACGCACAUUUGUGGUGCUCCCAUUGUCAUGAGCACGAUGCUACAGUACAGUGGAGCUCGCACGUGGAGUCAUGAGCUGAAGUUUAUGACGAGUGCUGCGGCCCCACCAGCGCCAGUCCUUGCCCGCAUGGCGGACUACGGGAUCGAAGUCAGCCAUGUCUAUGGGCUCACAGAGGGCUACGGAACAGGUGUGAUGUGUGAGUGGAAGGAGGAGUGGAACUCCAAGUCCAUGGAAGAGAAGGCUGGCUUUCUGGCGCGGCAGGGAGUGCGCUGCCUGGAGCUGGAGUAUCUGGAUGUGAUCGACCCGGAGACUCGGAAAUCUGUUCCCAGAGAUGGGCAGACGAUCGGCGAGAUCGUCAUGAGUGGCAAUACCAUCAUGAAAGGAUACUUCAAGAACCCGGAGGCCACCGCCAAGGAAUUCAAGGGAGGUGUCUUCAACACCGGCGACCUAGGCGUCGUCUACCCUGACGGCUACAUCCAGCUGAAGGAUAGGUCCAAGGACCUCGAUUCUGCAGUUGUUAUGCGUGUUCGCAGGGGCUUGCAUGGCUUGCUCAUGUUGCAGAUGAGGAGGUUGAAUAGAGGUUUGCAAGGUCCUUGUGGAGUUUUCCAAGCGUUUGCAUGCUUCCGGAGAAUGAUUGCAGCCACAAGUGCCGACUAUCAGAUUGCAGGGUUCGGGCAUGCAGACAGGGCUACAGGGGUGCAGGGGUGCAGGGGUGUAAGAGCUUGUUGCGGCAUCCUUGGGUCGACUUGA